AUGGGCUCGGUCGUCCUCGAUGCCGUGAACUCCUUCUUCCACUCCUCGCCCCACCCGCAGCAUCAGCACGUCUUUCGAGAGUCCACGCCGCGCUCCCAGCGCCGCAGCUCCACUCCACCGCCGCCUCAAGCGAAACGAAGCCGAUCCCCUUUGCGCGCCGAGGCCUCCCAUAUGUCCGAUUCGGCGCAGAGAGCACACAGCUCGUCUGCCGCCUCGCAAAACCCUCCCACCGCCGAGCUGCAGCAACAUGCCGCCGCCCACAAUGCAGCGCGCGCUCCAUCACGGGCCUCCCAACAGCGACCCGCCCCGCCACCAGCGAGCCCUCCGCUAGCUGGACGCUUGGCGCCACCACCCUCAGAUGGGUCCCAGCCACCAUUAGUAUCGACAGGCGAUAACCCAAAUGCCUCGCUCCGAUCGCGACCGAGAAAGAUCAAGGUACGAGAUUUGGAGCACAUCCAGAGCUUUGCCAGCGAGGACAUGGGAAGUUUCUCGGAGAUUAGGAGCAGGAGCAGGUCACGAUCGAGAGGCGCAGAAGACGACAGACCGCAGUAUGAAAUCAGUGAGAUGAAAGUCGAGCACAUCAUUGAAAUGGUGGCCGGCCUGCUCACCAAAAUCACAACCACAAAUGACCGACAGCACGAGCAUCUGCACCGCCAGCCGCUCGCGAUCGAUGCUGCAUCGCACGUGAAUCCGCAGACCAACAGUGUUUUGGCAUUCCACGGCAAGAAUGUGCCGAGCAUCACGAUCCUGAGCUACCUGAGUAGAAUUAACAAGUAUUGUCCGACGAGCUAUGAGGUGUUCUUGAGCUUGCUGGUCUACUUUGACAGAAUGACAGAGAGAGUGAAUGCAGGGCCGAUGCAGAGUUUGAGAGAAGCAAGCCAGGCUGUGGACGGCCGGACUGCUCGUUCUUUCACCGAACCACUGGGAUCCGACGGCGCUAUGGAGGGAGUUACGGCUACCACGCCUUUGGGCACACAGCAAGCGACUCCACCUCAUUCCGGAGGCAUGGAGAAAAGCUCGCAGAGAGGCGCUCCUGGAACACCUCACAGCAGGCCUACGCAUCCUGAAUCGCCAUCCAUGCUUGCGGAGCCGGCCAUGAUUGAUCCCUACAAUCUAUCACAUUUCUUCGUGGUGGACAGCUUCAAUAUCCAUCGAUUGGUGAUUGCAGGCGUUACUUGCGCGAGCAAGUUCUUUUCUGACAUUUUCUAUACGAAUUCGAGAUACGCGAAAGUGAGUGAACCCAGCACAUUCAUCACCUCUCAUAGGGCUAACGCUUUGCGCAGGUCGGCGGUUUACCUUUGCCCGAACUUAACCACCUCGAACUUCAAUUCCUUCUCCUGAACGAUUUCCGCCUUUCGGUACCUGUGGAGGAAAUCGAAGCGUACGGGACGAUGUUGGUGGAGUUCUACGCAAGAGAAGUCGUGGCGCAGCAGAAGGCUGCCGAGGCCAUGCAGAUGCGAUCCUUGAGCGAGAGCUCCAAUGACAGCACGUCUACGAUUCGAGCUGCUAAUUGA